GUUACGACACCGAGGAACGUUACGACGGAACGAAGCGAAACGCGAAGCGGGAGAACGACGCAGCCCGCGGAAGACGUCGGUGUUGCAACGCUGACGCUAUUGACGGGCCUCCUCUUCGCCGUCCUCGCUUUUCGUCUUCCGAGCAGCCAGCGCCGCGAUUUGCAGCUGAGAUUUUUGGCAGCGUUUAGAGCAGAGCACAGUUAAAGCGCGACGAGUGAACAAGCCAGUUCGUUCAACGCUGGCGAGGGCGUUCGUACGAAAAGCAAGACUUUUCCAAGAUUCUUUAAAGGGGGUUGAAGGCUCUUUCUCGUGUCAAAUAUCGUUCUAGUGACAUGAUGGUUUAUACGUGAAGAAUUGCAUUCAAUUGGAAGAAAUAUAUAUCUACUCGUGCAAGAGUAAUAAAAAAAGAGUUAAAUUAAAUUGAUUUUCAAAGAAGUGCACUGAAAUUAGGAGACAGUAAGACCGGAAAACCGGUGAGGAGCGUUUGCAAUCAUCGUCACCAGAGAUCCACCAGAGAAAUGGCAUCCAAUCGUAGCGUGCGAGAUCGCUUGUCAUGCAGGCAAGUACUGAAUAUCAUGGUGAUUCUCGGCUUCAUGUUAAACUACAUGCUGCGUAUAAAUCUAACGAUCGCGAUCGUUUCAAUGGUGAUACCGAGCAACAGUAGCGGUCAACAUUCGCAUUCCAACGGAUCGGUGGUGGAUGAGUGCGGUGUCCAGGCGACGAUGAUGAACGACUUCACCCCGAUCGGCGACACCAGGACCCCGGCGAUCGACGUCAACGUUAAUAGAGUCAACGAGAUGAACAACGGCAGCACGCUCGCAAUGUUCCCACACUGGCAUCGGGAGGAACGAGUCCAGACCAAGUAUCCGUGGAACGAAUACGAGGUGAACAUGAUUCUCGGCAGUUUCUUCUGGGGUUACAUAUGCACGGAGUUUCCCGGCGGCAGACUUGCGGAAAUAAUUGGUACCAAACGAGUUUUCGGCUACAGCAUGCUAGCGUCGAGCUUCGUCACGCUGUUGACACCGUUGGCAGCUACCCUCGGUUACACUGCGGUCGUCGCGCUGAGAGUUGUAUUAGGAUUUAUGCUGGGUGCCACCUGGCCUGCCAUCCAGCCAAUGACUGCUCGAUGGAUUCCACCGACGGAGCGUAGCAAGUUCGUCUCUCACAUGAUGGCCUCGUCGCUCGGCGCCGCGAUAACUAUGCUGAUGUGCGGGUUCCUCAUCGCCUCGCUCGGCUGGGAGUCGGUGUUCUACGUGACCGGCGUGAUCGGGAUUAUCUGGAGCGUGACGUGGUUCUUGCUGGUGUUCGACUCACCAUCGGAGCAUCCGCGCAUCAGUGCGGAGGAGCGGCACUUUAUCGAGAGCGCGAUUGGAACGACCACCACCGCUAAGCAUUUGCCGAUACCAUGGCGCGCACUUAUCACUUCGGGACCCGUUUGGGCUAUCAUAAUAACGCACGCGUGCAGCGUCUUCGGUUACCACACUAUUGUCAAUCAGCUUCCGACUUACAUGAAAUAUAUUUUACACUUCAACAUUAAAGAGAACGGCCUGUUGUCCUCGUUACCCUAUUUAGGCAAAUAUAUAUUUGCCUUAUCAAUGUCCAUCUUGGCCGAUUAUCUACUCCGCAACAACAAGUUAUCCGUGACGGCAAUACGUAAAAUUUUUACGACGUUCGCUGUGCUAACUCCCGGCAUCCUUAUGGUGAUCCAAGCGUACUACGGUUGCAAUCGCGCGGCGUCCGUCAUCGUAUUUACUGUCGCUCUGACAAUAAACGGCGGCAUAACGGCCGGCUACCUCGGGAACGGUCUCGACAUCGCGCCUAAUUUCUCCGGGACCAUAUUCGGCAUCGCCAACACCUUCAGCUCGAUAGGCGGUUUCCUCAGCACCUUCAUGGUCGGUAACAUCACGUACCAAAAUCAGACCUAUUCGCAGUGGACCAUCAUCUUUUGGAUCCUAGCGGCCGUCUACUUCAGCGGCGCAGUAACGUUUGUCACUUUUGGCACCGGCGAGUUACAGAGCUGGAACAAUCCGCCCGGGAGCCACACAAAGACGAACGGAGCCACCGUAGAAGAUGGUGUCGAAUCGGUUCCACUCAAGAGCAAAACGAUUUCGUAGCGUUUUGAGUGGGAACGCUUAGACUCUGCUAAAAGAGAUUGCGAAUCAAACGCGGCGAUGAAGAUGUCGACUUAUUAUCGACGACACGAUAUAUUCCAGACGGGACAGUAUUCGUUUUUAUUACGUUCGAUUUUAGAACUGGUCGACGAGUACCUCAGCUUGGCAGUAGCUCGCAAGACAUUGUUAUAUUUUAAUAGUGAUGUCUAAUAACUUCUAGUUUAAAGACUUGAAAUGAGGCUUUUAAUUCUCAAAAUCGAUGUAAUUUAUUUUAAUUUAAUAAAUUUAAUAUUUUACUAUGAUUUAAUGUUUUACAUUUAAAAAGUAGCAUUAGGAAUUUGUAAUUGUAAAUUUGGUAAUUUUUUUUAGAUUUUAUCAUAAUAAUAACGACUUAAGAUCGCUUCUUUAGUUUUGCCAAGUUUAGGAUUGAAUGAUGUAGAAUAAUUGAGUACGUUUUUACACUCAUUUUCUAUUGAUAGUAAUAAGUUCGUGCAAUAUCAAAAGAGAAAAGAAAAACACGUGGCUUUACUAGUAAAAAAACUCAGUGUUCACUCGAUGUGACAAGUUUAUAAAUAAAUAUACAAUUUUUAGUAAAUUCA